UUCAAAAGUCUAAUCCCUAAAGCUCUCUGCUCGACUGGCUGCUGAUUGGCGAUCUAGGAGAAGAGUGUAUGAACCAGAACAAACUAUUUUUAUAGCUCAGAUCCUUGUAUAAUCUCCACACCACACACAAGUCUCUUCUUUCUCCCCCGCCUCUUCGACCUCAAAACUCCCAAAGUUUGGUCAUGGUGACCAACUUCUUGUCGUUUGUGGUUCCUUAACAUCUAUUGGGUUUAACUAAUUGUUCUAAACUCUUUGUUUUGGUGAUCAUGGAUUUCUGGGGUCCAAUCAUGGAAAUUCUCCCAACACUGUGGAAUUGCACUUCCAAUCGCACUGCUGUCAUCUGUCAUCUCCAAGAGAACUUGACUUCAUUAAGUCAGAAAAGGCUUGAACUCGAGAACAUCAGCAAAGAUGUCAGGAGCAGGGUCGAGCUUGAAGAGCAGCAAUAUCGUAAGCGUACCAACCAAGUUGAAGGCUGGCUGGAAAGCGUACAACUCAAAUUAGAGGGAGUGCAGAAAGUUUUGUUGAAAGGAGAGCGAGAGAUCCAAAAGAAAUGUUUGGGAAGUUGCUGUCCCAGGAAUUGUUACUCUGGCUACAAGCUUGGUAAAGAAGUAGUUAAGGGGACUGAGGCUUUGAAGGAUUUAAUAAAGAAAGGGAAGGAAUUCAAAUCUUUGGAUGAUAUUUCUGAAAAACUACCGCCGGCUCCAGUGGAUGAGAUACCUGUGGACAAGACUAUGGGCAUGGACUCAAUACUGGAUGACGUGUGGAGAUGUCUUGACGACCGCAGAGUGAGAAUCAUUGGCAUGUAUGGGAUAGGCGGUGUUGGUAAGACCACCCUUUUAAAGAAACUUAACAAUAAAUUCAUCGACAAUAGACUUGAUUUUGGUGUGGUGAUUUGGGUUACGGUGUCUAAAGAAGUGAACUUGGAUGGAAUUCAAGAAGUUAUACGGCAUAAAUUACAGAUUCCAGAUGAAACAUGGAAAACUAAGACAGACGAGCAUAGUAGAGCUACAGAAAUCUGCAGAAGCUUAGGUGGAAAAAAGUUUGUGCUAUUGCUAGACGAUCUGUGGGAGAGAAUAGACCUAAGAGAGAUGGGAAUUCCUGAUCUUUCCUACCAUCAAAAUUGGUCAAAAAUAGUAUUUACAACCCGAUCAAAGGAUGUGUGCGAUAGCAUGGACCCCGCUGUCCAAAAAUUUGAAGUGAAUUGGUUGUCAUUUGAAGAAUCCUUUGACUUGUUUCAGCAAUGUGUGAAGGAGGAUGUUCUGAAUUCUCAUCCAGAAAUUCCAGAGCUUGCUAAAACUGUUGCCAAAGAGUGCAAAGGUUUGCCGCUUGCUUUGAUCACUAUUGGAAGGGCCAUGUCUAAUAGGAGAAAACCUGAAGAAUGGCGCUAUGCAAUCAACACACUGCGGAGUCAACCAUCUGAAUUUACGGAUAUGGAAAGUCAUGUCUUCCGAGUUUUGAGGUUUAGUUAUGAUAGCUUGAGGGAUGAUAAACACAAAAAUUGUUUUUUAUAUUGUUCCAUGUUUCCAGAAGAUCAUAUGAUUAGAAAAGAUGAACUUAUUGAACUCUGGAUUGCGGAGGGAAUUUUACAUGAUCUUGGUUUAAAGGAUGCAAGAUGUGCAGGAGAGUAUAUUAUUGGAAGUUUGAAAAAUGCAUGUCUAUUGGAACAGGUUGGAGAUUCUGAUGAUUAUGUUAAGAUGCACGACGUCCUUCGUGAUAUGGCUCUGUGGUUAGCUUCGGUAAAGGACAACAAGAUAGUAGUCUAUGAAAAUCAAGAAUCCAUUAAACAACAUGGCAUUGCUACAUGGAAGGAGGCAGUAAGAGUAUCACUGUGGGGUGGAAAUAUUGAACUUUUCAGUGAAACACCAUUUUGUCCGCGUCUGCUGACUUUUUUUGUUAGACAGACUUCAGUUACGACAUUUCCUAGUUCAUGGUUUCAAUCUAUGCAAGGCAUGAAAGUUUUGGACUUGUCAAAGAAUCUUUUGUUAACUAGGUUGCCUGCGAUGCUUGAAAUGAUAAAUUUGCAGUAUCUUAAUUUGUCGGAUACAAGCAUACAAGAGUUGCCAAUUGUGGCUGGAAGUUUGACAAAAUUGAGGUUCCUGCUCUUAGAUGGAACGACAUAUCUUAAAGCCAUUUCAGAAGGAGUGAUAUCAAGUCUUUCAUCACUACAAGUAUUCAGCAGGGUACCAACUAAAAAUAGCCUGCUGUUUUUUCAUUCCUUUUGGAAUACAACAUUGUUACAAGAGUUGGAGGGCUUGGAAGAUAUAGAAGAAAUUAGUGUCACCUUUUUUACAGUCGAUGCUGUAUUUAAACUUAAAUCAUCCCCCAAGUUACAAAGUCGUGUUAAAAGGUUGGUAAUCCUGUGCGAGGAGGAGGAGGAGGAGGAGGAGGAGGAGUUGCAUUCGCCCAAAACACCCUCUUCAGUUCUAAGUUACAGCCGUCUCGACAACCUUCAUGAUCUCUAUAUCAAGAAGUGUGGGGGGGAGGAGGAGGAGGAGGAGGAGGAGGAGGAGUUGCAUUCGCCCAACACACCCUCUUCAGUUCUAAGUUACAGCCGUUUCGACAACCUUCAUGAUCUCUAUAUCAAGAAGUGUGAGAAGGAGGAGUUGCAUUCGCCCAACAUAUCCUCUUCAGUUCUAAGUUCUGGCCGUUUCGACAACCUUCAUGAUCUCUAUAUCAAGAAGUGUUUGGUAAAAGAUUUGGCAUGCCUUAGAUAUGCUGCAAUGCUUAGAUUUGUUUUUGCUGUUGACUGCCCCUUGUUGGAAGAAAUAAUUCCGUACGAAUUCGGCUCUUCAUCAGAAGACUCCAACAUGUUUAAAAAUCUGAAGCAAUUGAAUUUUUGUAAUCUACCACGUCUAAAGAGCAUAUGCCGUGUCAUGCACUUCCCUUCCCUGGAGAGGAUAUGGGUAAUCAAUUGCCAAAGCCUAACAAAACUCCCACUUGACGUUGUCAACGAGAAUAACAGUAGAGUGACAGUAUUGGGACGUCAAGAGUGGUGGGAUAAGCUGGAAUGGGAGAAUUUGAGUUCAAAAGUUUCUUAUUCCUCUAUGCAUCAGACACAGACAGCACCCAUCUCAGGAUUAGCAGCACAAUCUUGUUCCGACAAUUUUCCACAGUUCAUAGUAGAUGAUUGGUGGUCAGAUGGGCCAAGUUAUACAUAUGAAGGAACAAAGUUUGAGGAAAGCGACGACCCAAAUAAGUGCAUCGGUGCAUUUUGGGAGGGAUUAUCAUGUUUUUUGUGACUCAGAAACCCAGCGCACGCAAGAUUCUCAGAUUUACUGGUGGAUUAUUAGCUCUUCUACGCUCUGUACUGGAGGAUUUCUCUUGAAAGCUGUGAGAUUGUAAUUCUUUCAUUCAUAAUGAAGUCUGUCGAUUAGAUUGUCUAUGUAAUGGUUAUCCGUAAUUAUCUCCUGGAAACCACUCUGCUUCAUUGUUGCCACAAUAUAUUGUCUUGAUCGAUCUGGAUCACUGAUUUUCAGAUUGCUUUGCUAUAAUGUCUAUCAGUUGGAUGCUUGCGUGAAGAAAUCCUAAAUUUGAGCACAGAGUCAACAAUAUCUGUAUUGUUCUUGUGCAGCUGCGGAUUCCAAAAACAAGUGCGAGCAGUACUUCUAGAUAUUUAUGCUUUGUUUGUUGUGUCCUUGGGCAUGUGAUGCUCAAAACUAUGAUAAUUAAACUGAAUUGGAGUUAUGGUUUUUCUUUCUUGUUUCUUCA